AUGCCUAACGUUGAUGACAAGGUUGUCGCCGAAAUUCAAUAUCUAAAGCCUAACCCACUUUACGAUAAUGAAAGACCCUAUUCAAUUGCGACUGUGCUACUACCUGGUGUCAAAAGGACGAACAUUGAGCAGGCUGCUGUGCGAACGCCGAUAAGCAGCGUCCGCGGGAAGGAAGAUAGUUUCGCUCUCUAUGUCCAGGGAUUUGAAUGGACUCGCCAUGACCUGAACUAUGAGCUCAGUAUCGACACGAAUGUGGAUCGUUACAUGGAAGAGAUGGGUUCGUUCCUCCGAAAGCAUCUAAAUGCUUCUGAAGUCAUCGUCUACGACUACGUGUUUCGAGAGCAGCGCGAAAGCAAUCAGCCACGAGCUCCAGGUGUCCCCCGAAAGGUCAAAAAACAAAUCCUAGGAGCCCAUCUUGAUAUCAGUCGGGAAAGCGCGCUUACAAGGAUACGCUACAAGUGUGGAGAGCGAACAGAGGAGCUGAUCAAGAAGCGUUGGCAUAUCGUGAAUAUCUGGCGCCCCCUCAACGGUCCAGUGAAAAGCAUGCCCCUAGCUCUCUGCGACUCGCGCUCGCUAGCCCCAGAUGACGCGAUCGCAUCCGACAUUGUACUUCCCCAUUUGCAGAUACAAGCCUACGAGAUUUGGUACAACCCUGACCAACGCUGGCAUUAUCUGAAAGACCAGACGACUAAUGAGGUGACGUUGAUGCUGAGCUCGGAUUCAGACACCGAUACUAGGUGUGCACAUACCGCAUUUGAAGAUCCGAACACAAAGCCAACCGAUCCUAAGCGUAACAGCAUUGAACUCAGAUGCAUGGUUUUCUUAUAACCUUGCUCGACCCGAGAACAAUUUAUGCUUUCCAUCGUGUCUGGAAAGGCGGUGUGAGGUAAGGUUAGUAUUUUCGAGAUACAGAAGGCACUGGAUCUUGACGUUCAACGUAUUGCGAUCGAAUUAUUAUCCUACGGGUGCGAUG